UGCAGGAGGAGCAGGAGAAGGUUCCCGCCGAUGCCGCUGUGACUGAAGGGGCGAUGUCCCGAAGAAAGCAAGGGAACCCUCAGCACCUGUCCCAGAGAGAAACCAGCACAGCUGAGGUCGAGCAUCAUGAUGGAGGCCUGCUCUCAGACUGCCUCCCCCCACACUCUCUCAUCCUGCCCCCCCACCCGUUGGACCCCAGCCUGGGCCACGCCCUCCCGCCCGGCCUUCACGCCGACCACGACCUGCUGACGUGCGGCCAGUGUCAGCUGAGCCUGCCGCUCGGCGACAUCCUCCUCUUCAUCGAGCACAAGAAGAAACAGUGCACCACACCGCCGCUGCCAAACAGCUGCUACGACAAGAUGAACGACCGCGGCGGAGGAGGAAGCCCAACCCACCACGCCAUACAUAAACACACUCAGAGGGCGGAGCUUAGGAAGGUGGUGGAGCCUGUGGAGAUUGGAAUCCAGGUGACGCCCGAGGAGGAAGAGGAGGAGGGACGACGAGGACGAGGAGGAGAGAGAAGAGAGAGGACGCCGAUCAAAGGGAUCUGUCCCAAACAGGAGAACCACACAGGUGGCAGGGAUGAGCCGUCCAGCUACACCUGUACCACGUGUAAGCAACCGUUCCCCAGCGCCUGGUUCCUGCUGCAGCACGCUCAGAACACUCAUGGUCUCCGGAUCUACCUGGACUCCAACCCGUCCAGCACUGCCCUCACUCCCCGAAUCUCCAUGCCUCCCCCUAUGGGCAGCGACUCCAUCCCGCAGUCCCCACUCACCAACUUCCUGGGAGACAACAACCCCUUCCACCUGCUGAGGAUGACAGGCCCACUGCUCCGGGAGCCGCCCCCAGGCUUUGUGGAGAACCGCCUCCCCAACACACCUCCCUUCGUCAGCCCGCCUCCUCGUCACCAUAUGGACCCCCAUCGGUUGGAGCGCCUGAGCGCAGAGGAAAUGGGCCUGAUCUCCCAGCACCCCAGUGCCUUUGAGCGGGUGAUGCGUCUGACGCCCAUGGCGAUGGAGUCUCAGUCCAUGGACUUCUCCAGGAGGCUUCGGGAGCUGGCAGGGAACAACAACAGCACCACGCCCCCAUUGUCCCCCAGCAGGGCCAACCCUAUGCACCGACUACUGAACCCCAACCCCUUCCAGCCCGGGCCUAAAUCCCCCUUUCUGAGCACGCCCCCCUUACCACCCAUGCCCCCAAACAGCACCACCCCCCCUCAGAACCAGAACAAGGUCAAGUCCUGUGAAUUCUGUGGGAAAACGUUCAAGUUCCAGAGUAACCUGGUGGUCCAUCGCCGCAGCCACACUGGCGAGAAACCGUACAAGUGCCAGCUGUGUGACCAUGCCUGCUCUCAAGCCAGCAAGCUCAAGAGACACAUGAAGACACACAUGCACAAAGCAGGAUCUUUGACGGUGCGCUCUGAUGAUGGUCUGUCCACCACCAGCUCACCAGAGCCCGGAACCAGUGAUGUCACCGGGGAGGGCGUGAAGAACCGAGACGGAGACUUCCAGGGAGAGGGAAACGAGGAGGAAGAGGAGGAGGAGGAAGAGGAGGAGCUGGAGAAUGAGAGUCGACCAGAAUCAAACUUCAGCAUGGAGUCUGAAUUCUACAGGAACCGCGAGAAUGGACCCAAACCACCCUCGGAGGACAAGUCCUCUUUCGCCUUGGACAAGAUGGUGGAUGGAACAGGACUCAACUCUAUCCAGCAGUACAACAACAUGAUCGUUGACAAUCGUAAACAGAUGCCCUUCUCCAAGAGGUGUUUGGAAAACCAGCGGGACACCUGCGAUGAGGACUCGGUGGCUGGGGAGAUGGACCACCAGCAGGAAGAGAGGACAACCAUCAACGGCAGGAACUGUGGCUCCAGUGACUCUUUCUCAGGCCUAUUCCCUCGUAAGCCCACGCCCAUCACCAGCCCCAGCCUGUCCAACUCGUCCAAUAAGAGAAUUAAGAUAGAGAAGGACCUGGACAUCCCCCCCGCCCCCCACAUCCCCUCUGAGAACGUCUACUCCCAGUGGCUGGUGGGCUACGCUGCCUCCCGCCACUUCAUCAAAGACCCUUUCCUCGGCUUCACUGACUCCAGACAAUCGCCCUUUGCCACUUCCUCUGAGCAUUCAUCUGAGAACGGCAGCCUGCGCUUCUCAACGCCUCCUGGUGACUUGCUGGACGGAGGCCUGUCAGGUCGCAGUGGCACGGCCAGCGGUGGCAGCACGCCUCACCUUAGCGGAGGAGGUCCUGGACGACCCAGCUCGAAGGAUAGCAGGCGGUGUGACACGUGCGAGUACUGCGGUAAGGUGUUUAAGAACUGUAGCAAUCUGACAGUGCACCGGCGCAGCCACACCGGAGAGCGCCCCUACAAGUGCGAGCUGUGUAACUACGCCUGCGCCCAAAGCUCCAAGCUGACACGCCACAUGAAGACGCAUGGGCAGCUGGGGAAGGAGGUGUACCGCUGUGACAUUUGUCAGAUGCCAUUCAGCGUGUACAGCACGCUGGAGAAACACAUGAAGAAGUGGCACGGAGAACAUUUGAUGACCAACGAGGUCAAAAUUGAACAAGCAGAGAGAACCUGAAGGCGUCCUCUGACUCCAUGCACUGAAACUAAAAACAAACACCACGCGGAGCUGGAUUCUCUUUUCUGAAACCUUCCUUUAGUCUUAUUUUUGUGUUUUUCAGAGAAACUGAGAAAAAAGAAGUGAAACACGGUCUGAGUGAAGCUGUCUAACUGCCUCAUUUGGAGCUCUUUUCCAACAAUCAGUCACUUGAGUUGAACAUGUGUGGAGCCUUUAACUGUGCAAUAAUUUCUGUAUUUAUUGGAUUUUGUAUUUUGGCAUGUGCAGGUACAUUUUUAUUUCAACAUUUUUUAAAACGUUGUUUUAUUUGAUUUUGCAUUCGUCUGUUUUCUAAAAACCCACGAUAUCCUGAGAGUUUUGUAGUAGACAAACGUCAAACAUUUGAAGUCUUAAACGCAUUUUGGCCGCUGCUUGUAGGAAAUGUACAUUAAGCUAAUGUGUGAUUUGUUGAAGAGAAGCUGAAUUCAAUCUUCAGUGUGACGGUGGCGUUUACUGAGAAUGGUAGAAUUAAAUUAUUUUGUGUGACGAUGAAACGCGGACAACAAUCCUUUGGCACUGUAGCAUGAACGGACUUUAAACCUGUCGAUAUGAUUGGAUAUGUAGCACUGAAGGUCAGAAGUGACAGUAAACGUAAAAUAAAGAGGAUCCCAAGGUCGAUAAGCCCCCACCUCCUCCUGUGAUCAUGACAACCAGCCAGAAAAAGAAGCCUAACAUAAAUGUUUAACAUGAGGCAGCUGCUGAUGGUACCAAGUACCACGCCCCAACAACGCUACCACACAUGCACAUACACACCGCUAUAUCCACACUGUACAAUUGGGCCUGGGGUCUUCAGCCCUGAACAAGUCUGGACAUCGUUGUUUCUUCAGUUAGACCGGCUACACACAAAACAAUUUGAAAGGCUAACCUGCCAAGCCCAUUCCAUGUUGCCCUACCCCCACUAGUGCAAGGGUGUCCUGGUUCUUGUAUAAUGGGGGUGAAGGGCGUAGUGCUAGGGUUACGAAGGAGAUUUUCCAGAAGCACACUCUGGAAAUCUCUCAGAAUGCCUUGAGAAUCAUUGGCAAGAUUUGAAAAACAAUCUAAUAUCAUAAUGUAAUGCUUUAUCAUCCUUUUUAAUAUCGAAGAAGCAUUAAAAAAAAUGUCCUCUGGUCCAUUUACAUAAACACUGUUGAUGACUACUGGUGCCGUAUCAGGAACUUGAAGGUUCAUUUCAUAGAUUUCACCACUACCUCUUGUUACUCUGUUCCAAGGGACAAGGGGCCGCUGGAAAUCGAGCAGUAGAAGAAGUCAAUGACUUGUUCAGAUUCCACAUCUGUCAUCUCUCAAAGCUUCAAGCUGAUAGGCUUGUUCCCAGUCAGAGGAUUACAGAACCUAUCAGUGUCAUUUUAGGAGAAAGAGGCAGUAGCUAGUUAGUUGAGGAGAGACUGGAAAACAUUUUCUUUAUUUUAAAAAGAGCAAAGCAACCCAAUGAAAGCUUUUCGUGGUGGAAAAGAUGGUUUUUGCUUUUCAUCUGACGGGCUUCAAGACCGAAUGGCUCUACUUGUAGAGAAGAAUCAUGGAUUGACUGGACAGUGGCACACUUCUACUAUGUCAUACGUUGCUCUGAUUGGCCUGUAAUGAAUGUGACAGACAGAAAGUUUGCCCAAUUACCCUUUGCCCCCCCCCCCACCAAAAAAACCCCCAAAAAAAACAAAACAGGCCAGUGUCAGGCCAGGACUGAGCCCAAAUAGUAACCAAUUAUAAAAAUAUGUGACACCAGAGAUAUGAAGAUAUUUUGACUAGAUUUGAUCAUGUUUCUGUUAAUAUGUGCAGAGCUUACUUUGACUACCUCAGAGUAGCCCCCUAAAAUAUUCAGGAACCAUUGCACCAGAUGACUCAGCCACACAGUGAGACCACAUACCUGCCGUCCACAAUUUCACUGUGGAGAUUCCACCGACAUGAGAUCUGACAGGGUUAAAUGGGACUUCAAAAGACACACAAACAUGGAGGAUGGUCAACAGAAUCCUCUUGCUGUCAGCCCAAUCAUGGUAGUGUUUAUGAGACAUUGUAAGGCUCUGGCUAAGGAGCUGGUCCUUAUGCCAGACUGAACACCUUUGCACACUGAGGCUGUUUUAUUUGUACGAAUUUUUCACACCUUAGAAAUAACAGAAAAGCUCAUAUUGUGUUAAUUAUGUUUGCACACUGAUGCAGACACUAUCAUACGUCAUUAUGUUCAGACCAGGUUAGGUUUUUUGUGUUUUUCAGUCCAAGUCAUUUAAAUAGACGACGAUGAUUCAGAUCAGCAGCUGCUGCCUCCUUCUUACUCGCUCGCUCGUGUGCAUGGUUUGAGUGCAUGACAGUCACGGAAAAAAAUGUAUCUGAAAAUGACGGACUCAGUUUGUAAAGACCUUUAGAGCUAAAAUUUACUACUGACUUAAAAUUAUAGAUAGGUGCAACCCAUUUGGUCAAAGUCCGCAAAUGAUCUAACCUUGCAAAGCAAAUGGAUACGCUGGUUAGAAAGUGACAGGACCAUUUAGCGUCGAGGGGCAGGGCUUUUGGGUGCGGCGGAGCUGUGACGUAAGCAAGCAGCAACAAGAAGCCGGUGCAAUUUUGGCAGAAAGAUUAGCGUAGAUGCUGCUAAAGCGCCAGUUUUAUCAGAACUUGACGACAUUUCUUUGUUAAAAGAAGAACAA